AUGUCCAAAGCCACGAAGCGCUUCGUGUGUAUCAACGAACCAUCAGCAUCUCCUUCACACCCUCAGCAAACUCUGUACAACACCAAAUCCUCACAGCUGAUCAUCCCCCUCCUCUCUCUCUUCGGUACCUGCAUCCCCCUUCUAGCGUCCCAGAAACCCUUCCAUGCAUCCACGUUCGGUCCUUUGCCUAAACGCGCGCGCGCACCAAUCAUGCUCCCGGGACAUGGCUACACAAGAGCUGACGCUCGCGAGCUGGUUUGGGCAUGUGGCGCCCGGUUAAUUGAGGGGGGCAAGCGCCGCGUGAGGAGUUUGGGAUUGCACGUGAGAUGGAGACAGAUUCUCCGGAGCCCAGCAAAGAUACACCGAGGGUACGAGGACGAGGACGAGGACGGAGGAAUUCAGGCAAAAUACAAGUUGGUGAGAUGA